AUGUUGUCUUCAGUAGUGUCUCAAAGCGGCACAGUAAUCAAGAAAACCCCCUCAAAACUGAUUGAGGACCAGCUUUCAGGGCGCUCCCUCUCAGACAUUCACAGAAACCCAGAAAUCAUCCAAUUCUUGAACAUCGCAGACUGUUCAAACUAUCCAAAUACCAAUGUCCCUCUCGAGGAGCCUCUAUUUCAGCCCGAACCCACCGUCAUUCAAUUCGCCAACUACGAGCCUCUGGAUACCAAAGAAGUCAUCCUCCACCUUCGCAAUAAAGACCAGGUUUCCCGCAGGGUGAAGCUCAUCCCUCCCGAUUCUCGGCUUUUUACCAUUGUGCGAUCCAAGGCUGACGCUCAGUCGAACAAAGGCACCAAGGUCGCUCCAGGAAUGGUCACUGAUUUCAUUAUUCAGUUUACGCCAGAGGCCAAAGUUGACUAUUCCUAUGACCUUGUGGUCGUCACUGAGAGAGAAAAAUUCGUCGUCCCUAUUAGGUGCUUACUAUCCCCCUCCGUGAGAGAACAAAAAUUUUGUUAGCUCAUAUAAUUUAUAAAAAUGCAAACUAGAGAUUUCAUUAUAAAAAUUAUCACUUAUAUCAAAUUAUUUAUUUCAUAAACAUUUUUUGUUCGUCACAGAGGAAGGGUUUUUGGGCAAAAAAUAGGGAUUCUUCCAAUGGUUAUGUUCGCUCACGGAGGGAGAAAGUAGGACAAAGGGCGAUGAUUUCUUUCCCUGAUGUCGUCAAUUUUGGGGUUUGCCCAGUUAAGCAUGUAACAGAAAGGCCGGUGGUUAUUAGAAAUGUUGGAGAAAAGGCUAGCAAGUGGGUGCUGAAAAUGCAGCCACCUUUUAAUGCAGAAAAAACUGAAGGCUUUUUGGAGGUGGGGCAAGUAGACCAAGUGAUCAUGAAGUUUUUCGCCCAAGAAAGCAGAGCUUAUGAAGAAGAAAUGGUUUUGUCCUAUGACACCUUAGAAGCCUAUGUAAAGAUAAUUGCAGAAGCCCAGAAUGACCCCAACGUCUACCUCAGCAAGACUUUUAUUGACUUAAAAAAAGCCUACAUCACCCUGAGUUCUCAAGACUCCCUAAAAAUCAUUAAUAAAAGUGAUGUCCCAGUCGAGUUUGAAUGGAGAGCUUUUGCAAACGACAGAGAAGAGUACGACAAAAAGACCAAGCUAAUCCUGCAACUGUCCCAAGAAGAAGCUGAAGAAAGGAUGAUGAUUGAAGAAAACUUAGAAAUCGAAGAAGAAGUGGAAAGCCUCGAUAGCGAUGACUCAUAUGACGACUUAGAAAACAAAAAUCUAAAAGAAAGAAAGCUACAAAUUGCUUUGGCUACCUUAGAAAGGAAAUAUAUGAAUAUUAGGAAAGCAGUGGAAGACGACCUUAUGCUAUUUCAAGACGAUAUUUUCAAAAUUGAGCCUCAAAAAGGAAAAAUUUGGCCAAAUGGGGAGCUGGAAAUUACUGUGAUGUUCUGUCCUCAAAGCGCUCUGCAUUAUACCUGCACAGCAUACUGCAAUGUGACGUGCUCUGAAGAAAGACUCCCGCUGACGCUUGAAGCUAUUGGAAUUGGUCCAGAAGCCUUGCUGAGCACAAGUGAAUACGAUAUUGGCGACGUCUUUGUGAACGACAUGAAAGACAUCCCACACAUUUUUAUCGAAAACCAAGGCGCAAUUGAAGCAAAAUACACAAUUCUGCAGUCUGACACCCCAUUUGGGUCGAAAUUCAAAUUUGAACAGUACGAAGGCACACUGGGAACUUCAGAAUACAACAGAAAGCAACCCUUGAAAAUUAAAUUUUGCAGUGACUUGAUGGGCGAGUUUUCAGAAACUUUUAGAAUCCAACUUGUAGGGUCGUCUGAAGAGCUGUCACUAACACUUAAAGGACACGUAAUGCCGCCUUCAUUUAAAUUUGAUAAAGAUGAAAUUAACUUUGGUGAAGUUUCCUACCAGUUCCCAUAUAGUGAUAUUAUAAGGAUCCAGAACACUUCAAGAGUAGCCUUCACUUACCACAUCAGAGUUCCAGGGGACGCUUCCGCACUUAAAAAAGAAUUCGACAUAAUCCCUAACUCUGGGUAUUUAAAGCCUAGAGAAAUCCAUAAUAUCCAGAUUGACUUUAUGCCGAUGACGGUUAAAAAGUAUGACUUAGUACUUGUAGUAGAUAUUGAAGGGGUCGGCCCAGAUAUGCACACACUCCCUAUCAAGGCUGAAUGCUUUGUGCCAAAAGUCGAACUGAUUCCUUCAGAUACAAUUGAUUUUAAGAGCGUCUUUUUGAGGCACCCAUAUGAAGACAAGCUUGAGCUAAAGAACAGAAGCAAACUGCAAGCCAAAUUUGAGAUGAUCCCACAGGACGAGCAAAGCACACUUAUUGCAGCUUUUACUCCUGACAGAGAAGAAGGGUUCAUUGACCCAAAAUCAAGCACCAUUGUAAAAAUCACGCUGUUUCCACAAAAGGCAGGACUUAUAAGGAUCCCAAUGCAUGUAAAAGUUUUAGGAGAUAACCAGCAGCCUCACAUGAUCACGCUUGUAGCUAAUUGCACAGGGCCUAUAGUAGAAGUUUUAACCCCAGAGCUGGACUUCGGGAAGGUAAAAGUCCUUGAAAAGUAUCCUUUGCAGGCAACUCUUCACAAUAAGUCUGAUAUUGAAGCUGAGUACCACGCCUUCACCAAAAACAAAGGCUCAGUUUUUUCUGUCGUUGAAAAAGAAGGGAACUUGAAGCCAGGCGAGGUCAGGGAUUUGACAGUAAUGUGCUGUGCUGACGAAUGCAUUUCUUUUAAUGAAAUUUUGUAUAUUGUAGUCAAGGAAGGAGAAGACGUAGAAAUCGUACUAAAGGCCAAAGGCACAGGAACCACUGCUUAUUGUGACGAUGAUAUUAAAAUUAUUGACUUUGGAACUGUUUUCUCUUGCAGAAACCAUGUAAAGAGGUACACAAUACAGAAUAAGGGCAGAAAACCCCAGAGGCUGAAAUGGAACAGGGAAAACCAAAGAGGGGUACUUGUGCCUGUUGUUGAAAACCAAAACAAGCAGACUUACAGAGGAACAACCGCAAACAACACUACCGGAGUUUCAGUGACGAAAGAAAAAGAUGCCAAAGAUGCUUAUAUCUUCAAUGUAAGCCCUGUUUCAAUUCUGCUGCAGCCCAAAACCCAAAUUUCUUUUGAAUUUACUGCAAAUAGUGCUACAGCAGGGGACCUGAGUGAAAAGUUAAUAUGUACAUCCUUGGUUGGGAAUGAAAGGAAAGACAGGGUCAUCUACGAGUGCGAGCUUAAAGGGAAAUUCAUUGAGCCAUUUCUGCAGUUUUCUGAGCCAGUGCUUCACUUUAGAUAUGUCUGGGAAAAAGGUGUCCAAAUAGAGCCUCUCUCGAAAAUGCUUGAAAUCACUUGUGCCUCGCUACUGCCUGCUAAUUUCUUAUUAAAAUGCAGCCCACCUUUCAAUAUUAGUAAAGAAAGGUUUUCCCUUGAGCCAGGCCAAACUGAGUCCUUAAGAGUAGACUUCGACCCUGGCCACAAGUAUGAUAGGAUCUCUGGAAAGGCUAUACAGAAGUUGCAAAUAAUCCACCAAGACCACCCACAAAAGGACAAUAUUGAGCUGAUUGGAGAAGUCUGCUUCCCUAAUGUAAAACUUGAAGCAAUGUCUGUUGACUUCGGCUGCAUCCUUAAUGAUACAUCUAAAAAGGUAUACAUGAAAAUGACAAAUGAUAGCAUUCUACCUGUAAAUUAUGACUGGGCCUUCGUUGAAGAAAUUCCUAUGGAGGAAAACAAAUUUAUUUUAGAAGAGCCAAAUGCAGAUGCAAGCACAGAAAGUUCAGUUAACCAAUAUUUUGAUAUUCUUCCUGUUAUGGGACACUUAGAGCCAGGAGAGUCAGAAACUGUGGAGUUUGCAUAUCACUCUCAGCUUGGCAAGAAGCAUGUCGCAACUGCCAUGUGCACUGUAGAAGGCGGGCCUGAGUACUAUCUGACACUAAUGGGAGAGUCUUCUAAUGUUGGGUAUCAGCUCUCAAGGUACUCUAUUGAUUUCGGCAAUGUCCCAUUUAACGAGUCUUCCCCACAAGAAUUCUUUAUUGAAAACCCUGGAAAGGUAUCUUUUGAGUACUCAAUCAGCCUAGAAAAACUCACAAGACCUGGAGUUGUUGAAGUAAUGCCAUCUCAAGGAAAAGUUGCAGCUGGAGAAAAAGCCAAAAUAACUGUAAAAGUGACCCCUGGGAUCCCAGAUACAGUUGAAGAGCUGCUUCAAAUAGAAGUCGCUCACUUUGAGCCUUUGCUUUUCAAGAUCUCAGCUUUAGGAAUUUACCCAGCCUUGCUUUUCCACUUACCAAGACCUGAAAAUGCUCUUCACGAUGAAUUAAUAGAGCAGGUGAAGUCCAGAAGGAACAUCACCAACAUGAGCUUCGACUCAGUCCUCCAGACCUCGAAAAAUGAAAGUAAAGCUGGCAAGGCUGUCAAAUUCGACCAAAUUGUAAUAGACGUGGAAGCUGAAGCAGACAGGAUAUUUGUGUGUCAAAAGUUGACAAAAAUUAUUGAUGAAUAUUACUCUAAAACGCUUAAAAGAAAAACCACGAGUAUGACUGAUGAAGGCAAAAGCUUAUGCACAGCACUGGCAGAAGUCCAUGAUAAGGUAACUGGAGCUGUGUGGGAGUGCAACUUCGGCAAUAUGGUACUUGGGAAAGACAAAACUAAAUGGAUAAGGAUGACUAAUAUUGGACAGCUACCAGUAAGCUUCAAUUUUGAUGUGAAGUUCUUGAAGUUCAAUGGUCUAGCAAUUGAGCCUGCAAAAGUGAACAGACUGGAAGCUGGAGAAAGUGUCAACUUUAAAAUAACUUUCCAAAGCAAUAAGAAAACAAUGCAAUUUGGACCAAUAAAGACAGUUACCACACUUCAAUUGAAAAAUGGGCUUAGUUACCAACUAUGCUUUAAAGCAAAUUUGACUAUCCCAGAUUUCAACAUGUCAAGUGAUAGCAUUGACUUCGGAAGGGUUAUAAUAGGCACUUUAUCUAUCGCCAAAAUUAGAUUCGAAAAUAUCCGAGAAGUCCCUUGUGAGUGGGCCUACGCACCGAAACACCCAUCAGCAGCUGCUGGGUCUCCUCCUGACUGGGAACGAUUCCAGAUAAAUCCUCCUUCAGGUAUGCUUCAGCCUAACCAAAAAUGCACAAUUGACGUCACCUUUACACCUACCCAAGAAAAAGCAAUAAACCAAAAACUUGAAUUUAAGAUCAGCAAUAACCAAGUCAAUAAAAUAUUGACACUAAAAGGAAAUGGAGUAGCCCAAACCUUAGAGUUUAUUCCUAAUAAAGUAGUUCUUGGGCCUGUGCUCACUUAUAGCAAAGAUGCUUGGAGUUUAGUAGAAAUGAAAAACCCUACAGACUAUCCUAUUGAGGUAUUUUCUCUGGACUUUGAUGGGCAGUACAAAGAUGAAGAAGAAAUUAUGAGAAACUUUGAAGGCUUUGAGCAGGGAACUGAAGAGAUGACUUCUUCUUUAACUGUUGCAUCAGAAGUAGGGCCAAGGAAAGAUGCAAAGCCUCUGUAUUUAGUUCCAAGAAAGCCUGGCAUGCCAGUAUGGCGAGACAUGGCCCUUUCUUAUGAGAGAAAACAAAAAAAGCUGCAGCAAGCUCAAAAAGACAAAGAAAUGGAAGAAAAGCUGAAGUCAGAAAAAGAUGAAGACAAAAAGCUAGCUGAGGACUAUUUCAAAAAAAGGAGUGAAGAAGCCGAAGAGACAAAAAUCGAAGAAAAAUUCCCAGGUUAUAUCCCUGAAAAAGACAGACAUAAUGUGAUCGUGUGGGGAAGACCAGGGAAAGGCAAAAGCUUCUUAGCCCAGCAUUUAGCUCAAAAGCAUGGUAGAGUCUUGAUUUCUCCGAAUUCAAUUAUUGAGUGGCAUUUAAUGCAAGGCGGAAGCUUAGCAGAAGAAAUCCAAAAAUUCCUUGAUGAGAUGAAGCUCAAAAAAGAAAAGGACAUCGCGGACAGAGAAAAAGCAAGAAAAGGCCGCAGAAAGGUAGAAGAAGUGCCAUUUGAUGAAAAAAUCUACAACCAUCUGCCUCUAGAAAUGUUGGAAAAGUUAGUUGAUGAAAGACUUAAAUAUGGAGACUGCAAUGCUGGAGUUGUAAUAGACGAUCUUAAAUGCGACUAUUAUCCAAAUGCAUUAUUCGGAGCUCAUUUGUUUGCUAAAGCUUUCCGAGAACAAAACAUCCAGCUUAUCAUUAUAGACACAGACUCGGAACACCGUGUAGAGCCUCAGUCAAUUGUAAUUGAAGACCCAGAGACUGACGUCUUCCACUUCAGAGAGCCAGAUCCCAAAGAAACUGAACUUUUUAAUAAAGAAAAAGAAGAGGUAAGGGCUGCUUUUCAUGGCUACAUGGUUGCCAAAGAUACUGAGGAAAACCCAGAAGAGCCAGGAAGAAUUGGAAAUAUUUUCGUAAAUGAAAUAGGAGCCAGCCAAAGCAAAGCUAGAGUUCUUGCAACUGCUUUUGAAAUUGUCCCAUUCCCAGUCUUUCCUGACCCAGAAAGCUUGCCUCUUCCUCCUCCACAAAUUUUGCAGAUUGUUUAUAAGCCAAGACAACGGCAUAAGAGGGCAGUUGUUAACGGCUUCAGCAUUUAUACUCCUAUUAAUCAGACUCUACUCCCUCAAGAAGUGAAAGAAGGAGAAGAGUCAGCAGUCAAGUUGGAUGUGAGGGAUGAAAAUCUUGACAAAAGCAAAGCCAGAUGGAUUGUUGAUGCUCAUUGCUCCACUUAUUUAUUGAUAAAAUUCUUCUCAAAAGAGGUGGGAAACUAUGAAAAUACUCUACAGUUUGAAAUUAUGGGAGGCUCUAAGCACUUCAAUCUUCCUUGCUCUUGCUCUUGCCAAUUCCCAGUCAUAAACUCAGACCCUCGAAACGUCUUCCUAAAGCGAAAAAAAUCAAGACCAAUCGCAAUUCCUGACUGCUACAUCUCGAAAUGCUAUAUCAUGAGUGAAAGCAGAUUUGACUUCGGACCACUGCUUAUCGGCAAAAACCCUGACAGAAAAGACGAAGAAGGAAUCAAGAAAACCAAUUGCGAAUCUUUUAGGAUCACAAACAAUGGGCUUUAUCAAGUUAAAGUCGACUAUGCCUUAGCAAGCUCAAUAGGAGACACAAAAUCAGUAUUUGUUUUUGACCCAGAAAGCAUGACUUUAGAAUGUGACGAAACGAAAGACUUGAAUGUCUGGGCAUUCCCAGGAGCUAUCGGCGAAUUUACAGACUCCUUGGUAGCUUUAAUCCAAGGAAACCCUACACCAGUCAUUUUCCCACUAGUCUGUCAAGGUGAAAAACCAACUGCUGAAGUUGACCCAGAGCUGAUUUCUUUUGAAAGAAUUCUUCUGACUCAAAACAUCACCAAGUCUUUAACCGUCAAAAACAUCUGCAAAAUUUCACUUAAAUGGAGCUUAGCAGGAAUUGAUGCUCUACCUGCAGAGUUUAAGGUUGACAAGAAGGAAGGAAUUUUGAAGCCUCAAGAAACAGCAACUGUCUCAAUCACGUUUACAGCUAUAAAGCAGCAAAAAUUCCAGCAGAAAGUGACACUUGAAGUUACAGACGUAGAGAAAAUAGGAGUCAAGCAAGACCCAAAGCCUAUUUCAAUUGAAGCUGAAGCUUUUGAUGUGAAAGCAAAAGUGGACUUUGGCGCUGGAAGCAAUAUAAUUAACUUCGGAGAUGUUAGAGUUUUCGAAGAAGCCCAGCGUGGGUUUAACUUAGUCAAUGAAGGGAUAUAUGAAAUCAAAUACAAUUUUAUUAUGAAGAAAAAACAAACCCGAGAAAUGUUUGCUUGCUCUCCAACAGAAGGCUCGAUUCUACCUAACCAAACUCAGCCAUUCGUGGUGAAGUUUAAGACUGAUAAAGAAAAAAAAAUUGAGCCUGCAAAAGAAGAAUCUGGCAUAAAACUUGCAAUUUUGGAAGGAGGAAGUGGCCAAAAAUAUGAAGAAUUCCCUAUAAAUGUCGCGUGCAAUGCAGUCUUCAGUAAGUAUAGUAUCCAUCCGCUAAGAAAUAUAAACUUCGGCCCUCUUAGGUAUGGAGAAAAUCGAAGCAGGACUUUCGAAGUGAAAAAUGAAGGGAUAUUUGACUUUGAGUUCUCGAUAACUGAGCUUAUUGAUGAAAGACAGCGAGCACAAGAAAGGGCAGCUCGGAAGUCAACGCCUAAAGAAGAGGUCAAAGGAAAAGGAAAAGAAGAAGCCAAGAAAAAACAAGCUGAAAAGAAACCUGCAAAAGGAAAAGAAGUUGUCAUUUCAGCUGACAUUGGCCCAUUCAAUAUUUCUCCUAGCCAAGGGACUGUUCCAAGAAACAGCUCUGUGCUCAUUAAUGUGACUUUUAACGCUGAUGGCUCUCGGCUCUAUGAAAAAACUCUUGCAAUUAAUAUUUCAAACAGAGACCCGACUGAUAACCCUCAAGGAAUUCCAUAUGUCCUAGCUGGUGAAAGCUGUAUCCCUGGAGUAAAUACAUGGGACUUCGAUGCCAUUUUUGAAGAGCAAACUGUGGUCCAGUCACUAGAGCUCGCGAAGGGUGCAAACCCAGGCACACUUAUGCCUUCAAAAAUUUUCUCUAUUGAAGAAAAUGUAUUCCUAUACGGGACUUAUACUUCUGCGAAAACCCAUGAAGGCAUUAUAGAAAAAUUCAAAAUAAUGAAUGCAGCAAAAGUGCCAGCAAAUAUCAUUACAUUACAUUAGGAUUUAUACGUUUAACGUCCACUACGGGGUAGACUUUCUCCCAGGUCUGCCGCUUACCUUUCGCCGCAUCGGGCCCACAAGUUGCUGGAGCAAUCCGCUUCGAUCACUAAGGUGCGCCUAGGGCAAACGUCACAGACUUCGACGGCUCAUAAGUGAGCUACUUGCUUGUGGACAUGGGUUGCUUUUUAGAAAACCCAAAAAAAUGGAUUUUCUGGCCAGCUCUCGGCAAAAAGGAAAAACACGUAGCCCGGGACGUAACGCCCGGUUUCACGCUAGGGAGUUGCCCGAUUGGUCCUAAGGACUUUGCUGAGCUUCCCCUUUCCACUUCCGUGCUCUCCUUCCCCAUGAGGAAAAAACCAUUCCUGAAAGUAGACUUGGGCUAGGCUCUGAACACAAACAGAAUGCCAGCAAAUAUCACCUUUUCAGUAAAGCCAAGGACAACCAGCAAGUCUGAAGGAUUUGCGUUUGAAGUAGUUCCACUCAAAGUUCAUAUCCCACCACACUCCCACGAAUAUGUGAAAGUUACUUUUAAGCCUACUGACAUGCUGUCAUAUGGAGGAAUCUUUGAAGGAGUUGUAGAAUUUGGAGAACCUAAUCCUAAAACACAUAAACUUACCUUUGAGCUCAGAGGUGAAGGGUUAGGUUAGGCUAUUAUAGACAGGGCGUUAGUCAUAUUGGUGACGCAGUCUCCAAAGACCAUCCCAUAAAGGUAGGUUCGACUGCUUUUCGACUUCAGUCCCAGAGGGUCGAUCCCUCUUAUGGCUGCCCUUCCGGUACCUUCUGUCUCCUUCAUGCCUUGCGGCUUCAGUCCUGAAUGGGCGGCUUAUGAAUUUUGCGGCCCUACAACGGACGAUUGGAGUACUUGUAGCCCGGGCAGAAACCCCCAAUUUUUGGGGAAGAGGAAUGGCCAUAGGUCCUCGGAUUCAAACGAUGUUGUUGAGCACCUCUAUUUCCAACCACAGGAAAGCAGCCAGCAUUUACCCGAAUACACAUUUCUUGGGCCUGCACUUGAUUCUUGGCUCGUAAUCCGUCCCAGUUCGCAGUAGCUAUAAGACCCAGACUGCUGCACAAAGGAGGCAGAUUGACACGUAUCGCCAUCAUAAUGUAUAAUUUUAUUCAGGGUGAAGGGACGUUGCCAACAGUCACUCAAAUAAACCCUUUAUUAGCUGAAGAUGGGAAGUCACUAGUCAAGUUUGCUAAAACAAGGGUUGGAAAGACUUCGAAAGCCCUGAUUAACCUUAUGAAUGGAGGAGUUAUCCCAGCUACUGUAAAAGUCGAAAUGGAGUAUCAUAAGAAUUUCAAGUUCCAGGAUACCAUGAGUGCAACUCUUCAGCCAAAAACCAGCAUGAGUUUCGAAGUCUUUUACACUCCAGACGUCGUACAAAAAGCAACACACGAGCUGAGGAUAACCACUUUAAGCAAUCCUUAUGAGUCUCAGCUCUACUCCUUAAUCGGAGAAGGCUACCAAGAAGAUGUCAUGUUCACCCACCUCCCAGACGACAAAGAAGACGAGUGCAACUUUGGAGACUGCAUCGUUGGGCAAGAAAAAUAUCUCACUUUCCACCUUCAUAACUUCACAGACAAAAUCAUCAAGUUCGAAUGGCCUGAAAGACCUCACUUCUUUUUCAGCCCUUCAGUCGGACAUCUAGCACCUAAAUCUAGCAAAAAAAUCACCUUGACUUUUAAAGCAGAUGAAACUCAAGAGUACAAAAACCUGGACCUAAUCUGCCAGACUAUACAAAUUAAUCAAGCCUCAGCGCAUUUCGAAGACUGGGACAAUUCUAUGUUUGACACUCGCAUGGUGACUCAGAAACAAUAUGAGAAAAUCAUGAAGAGGAAAGAAGAAGAGGAAAAAAGGAAAAAAGAAGAGUAUGAAGCCUCAUUGAAAAAAGGAGCCAAAAAGGCAGCGCCAGCAGCGAAGAAAAAAGAAGAGAAAAAAGCAGAAGUUGUGGAAGAAGAAGUUGAUGAUGGAGAAGCGAAUAUUGAGAUUAAUGAAGUAAGAAAAGAGCCAACUUUCACAGAAAUUGAUAAGACACAGAAACAAGUACCUUUAAAGGUCAGUGCUGUCGCUGAUUAUAUAAGGUACAAUUGCGAAUUUCAAGAAAUCAGGUUUGCGUCAACCCUUAUGUUUGCAUCAAGAAGCUAUAAGUUGCCUUUGAAAAAUAUAGCUAAAAUCGCUAUGCCUUAUAGAUUCAAAAAAUAAAUGGUGACGUCGACGGAAAUUGGACUCCGAGGCGACACCUCCUAAUGGAGCAGUGGACCGGCCAGAGAGGUGGCGAAAUGUACCUUCAGAGAGUAGACUAUCUGAUUGGGAAGCUUGCCUAAACAUGGUGUUUUGUUUCUCCUCGAAGGUUUUCCCUGUCCCUGCCAGAUGGGCUAGACAGGUUUUGCCUACCACAAGGUCUUUCCUCAUCGGGACCAUCGGGGCGCUAGCAAGAAGUGGCCCUUCGCAGGAUGAGCUAAUCUCCUGGACAGGUGGUUCAGGUCGGAAAUCCAAAAUGGCGUCAUCCCAUUUUGGAUACGAGACGGGGCGUAUAGUCAGCGCCUGCGGAGGAGAUUAUGGUAGGAUACUUAAUAAUCUAAAUAAUCUUAUAGAUUUAAGAUUUGUUCAUCCACCACUGGGAAACUAGAUGCAGGCCCGUAUAGUGUUUCUCCAAGAGAAGGAGUAAUUGCCCCUGGCUGUGUCGAAUUCAUCAAUAUCAAAUUUUCGCCUUCUGAAGUAGAGUCGAUUAAUGAGCGCCUCUUAAUCUGCUCCUUGAACAACCUCGCCCCUGAAUUAAAGCCACUUGUUAUAGAGCUCAGAGGUAAAAGUAUACGGCCUAUCUGCCACUUUGAGCUGCCUCCAAGCACUUAUAGAGAGAAAAAAGCUCAAGACAUGGCCCCAGUUGACAGCAGUUACCAGAUUCUUGAUUUUGAAAGCAUGGGGACGAAAGUGAAAAACACCAAACGAUUCUACGUCGUCAACCCCACAAGCCAAGGCUACGAGUUUGUCUGGGAGCCUGAAGAAGUUGAAGGCAGCGAGUUUUCGCUUAAGCAGUUUAGCUGUGUAACUCCUAAAGGCGUAAUUCUGUCAGGCAAGAAAUUUGAAAUGGCUUUUGAAUAUACCCCUGAAACUGUAGGAACUCACGAAAGCUAUUGGAAAUUCCGAAUUCCAGGUGAAAAAAUCACUCAAAAAUUCCUAAUCGUUGGGACUGUUCUCGAGCCUCAUGUUUCCCUUGAAAAAGGAAUGAUAGACUUCAAUCAGCUUUUAAUAGGUGGAAAAGCCAAAGAAACUAUUCAACUAAUUAACGAAGAAAUUAUCCCCUUCAUAUUCUCUUUUGACCGUGAUUCUAUUAAAGGAGAAGAAUCGUAUGGAGACUCAUUGGUUGUUUCUCCAAUAAGUGGAGAAAUCCCUCCUCAAGGCUCAAUUCCAAUAGAGAUCACUUUUAGGCCUAAGCGUGAAACAAGGUUUAACUAUAACUUGGUCUGUAAUGUAAAAAGAAAGGCUAGACAACUGGUGCUAAACGUUAAAGGUGUAGGCUAUGUGAUUUCACAUUCAGUCCACUAUGAAAAUUCACGUGCUUUGUUAGUGGAUGAGCCUUGUGAGGUGAAUUUUGGUGACAUUUUUAUUAAUGAAUGCCAAAGUAGAUCAGUUAAAAUCACGAAUUCAGGCAAAUUUAACUUUGAUUUUUCCUGGAAAAUGCCAAACUCUUCUCGCUAUGUUGCAAUUUCUCCUGAGCAAGGGACUGUUAAAUCUGGAGAAAGUGUAAGUAUUUAUCUCAAAUACUCCCCGCUUACGGAGCACAAGCUUUCUAAAGCUAAAUUCCAGCUUAGCAUCGUCAGUGGACCUAUUUAUUCGUUUAUCUGCAAAGGAAGCGCAAGGAAGCCUGGCGUCCAAUUCAGCUUUAUAGAAAAAGAUUUUGGGCCUUGCUUUGUGCUAAGAACUCUUCUCACAAAAACAGCAAACCUAGAGAUCGUCAACUACGACAAUACUGCUAUUUCUGUUGAAACUAAUUUCGAAAGGCUCCCUCACAUUGAUGUUCAGCUUGCUCCUGGGCAAGUUUUGCUUCCAACUUCACCUACUGAUCCUGAGCUUGAGAAGAAAAAGCUUAUAGUUCCAAUUCUCUUUACCCCUAGAGAUCACGUCGUAUAUCAAGAAACCAUUGAAUUCGAUAUCAACAAUAUCCAUAAAAUCCAGGUAAAAGUCAAAGGUGAAGGCUGCCCAGUUAAGCUUGAGCUUGGGAGCCGAGAUCAAGAAAUUGUCGAUUUUGGUGUGUCCAGGGCAGGAGUUGAAAAAACUAAAACAGUUCAGCUGCUCAAUAAAUCCAAACGGUCUGUGAAUUUCUCUCUUAUUGAUGGUAGUGGGUUAGAUACUCUUAAAAAGCAUUCUGUGACUUAUACCCCUGAUAAAGAAGUUAUCUUAAAGCCAAAGCAAACAUUGCCGAUUGAAAUAGGAUUUAAGCCAAAAGAAAGACUUCAUCCGUUUACUGACGAUCUAUUAGUGAAGUUUGAUAAUGGAGAAACAAGGAAGCUGUUAUGCUUUUUUGCCUUGAGUGGCGCGGUACGGGCGCCACUUUCGGCAAGCUCCUUCUUCCAGUUGGCCGAGCCAACUCAGGUUGGUUCGGCCAACUAGAAUUGACAAGUCUCCCCAAAAGGCCUCACUUGUCAAUUCUCCAGUUGGUCGAACCAACCUGAGUUGGCUCGGCCAACUGGAAGAAGGAGCUUGCCGAAGUGGCGCCCAUACCGCACCACUCAAGACAAAAAGCUAUAACUAUUAGUGGAGCUUGUCAUGGGAUUGAGCUAAAGCUUAUGGAAGAAGUAGUCAGCUUUGGAGUUGUCAUACAAGGGAGCCACCAAAGUAAAGCAAUCCAGCUCUUAAAUAUUGGAGACAUUCCUUGCCGUUUUCGAGAAAUAAGAUGGUGUCACUAACAGAAAUAGGACUCUGGGGUGACACCUCCUUAUGAAGUGGUAGAUCAGCGCGAUGGGCAGCCAAAGACACUCUUCGGAGUUAAGUAGAACAUUUCAAUAGAAAGUCUGUUGAAACAGGGUGUUUUGUUUCUCCCCAAAGGUUUUCCUGCCGGAUAAGCUAGACAGGUUUGCCUACCACAUGAUCCUACCUUGUCAGAAAGAGCGGAGCACUCUAAUCCCUUGGAGGGUUUCAGGUCAAUGAUUCAAAAUGGUUGCCUUCCAUUUUCUAAUUUGAACUUGGAGGUCUAUGGAACCUACUAUUAUGGAGCCUUGAAGAGACAAGGAAGUGGGUUGCCCGCUUAUGUCCAGAUUAACCGUUUAAUUUUUUGAUUUGCCAUUUCCAAUGGGAUUCUUCUAAAUAUAGUGAGCACUUCACCAUUUCUCCAGAUCAAGGAAUUAUUCAAGCCAAUGCCGAGCUUUAUUUUGAUAUCACUUUCCAUCCUGCAUUUAUCUCCCCUGAUAUUCGCAUUAAUAUAAAUAAAAUGGCAUUUGGUUCGAGAGAAAUUGGCUCUGCCAAUUUUCUCUCUCUCAUGGAAUUUUAUUUAUGGGGUUGGGUUUUCUCUUGAGAACUUCUGCACAGCAACAGCCGUCUAACUUUGGGGAUAACCAAAGACACGGCUCCUCAGUGCAUUCAAGACACUCAGAGUUUUACCUCUGAGCACAUCCCCACGGGAGGAUGACCCUUAGGCGGAACACGCGCAGGAGCUGAGUCGGAGCGAGCGAUGGCAACGCGCCGGGUGAGAUGUGCGGCGAUUUAUCUGGCGACUAGCCUUAUAGAAGGCUUGGGUGUGGGCUGACCACAUAUUCCAAGAUGGCUUGGUGACGUCACUAGUUGUCGCUUUGACCCCUUUUUUAUUGCACUAGACACAUUAAAGACUAUGUAACUAAGUAAGUAAGAUAUUCGCAUUAAUAAAAUCCCUUGCAAUAUCCAAGGUUCUGACCCUAUUUUCCUUACCCUUCAUGGCUCUUGUAUACCUCCAACACCUGAGUCCACAAAAGACCUGCGAUUUGAAGCUAUAGUGAGAGAAUCUCAGAUACAAAAAGUUCAAGUCAAAAACCCUACAGCGGCCAAAUGGCGAAUUCAGCCCAGCAUAAGCACGAAUUCAGACUUUACCAAGAAAUACUGGACUUGUGCAAGCGCCUUGGAAAUCAACCCGAACUCAAUUGCUGAUUUUGAGGUUUCUUACAAACCAAUCACGAUGACAACUCCAGAGCUCCUUCACCAAGCCACACUUUUCUUCCCUCUUCCUGACGGCACUGCUCUGCUUUUCAAUCUAAUUGGAGCUUCUAAGCCUCCUAGACCAGUCGAUACAGUAAUCCAAGAAAUUAAAGCAAAGGUAGCGAAAAUUUUGAUUUUGCCUGUCAAAAAUUGGCUUGAAGUAGUCCAACGAUUUGAGGUGAAAUGGGACAUUGAAGGAGAAGCUGACCCUGCUGUGCUUAUUCGAGGAGCUAGCACUUUUGAUGUACCAGCUUACAGCACUAAAGAAUAUAAGCUGAAUUUCCUUACAUAUAAAACUGGAGUCACAAAAUUCAAAAUUACCUUUACAAAUCCUGCAAAUAAAGAAUACAUAUUUUUCAAUAUAGAAAUGAGGGCUCUGCAGCAAGAACAGCAAGGAGUUGUUGAGCUAGUGAGCCCUGUAAGGGAAGUCACUCAAAAAGUUAUAAUGAUUGCAAAUCCUCUUGAAACGCCUAUAGAAAUUACAAGAGCUAUGAUUGUAUGUGAUAAUGAAUAUGUGUCAAUAGAGCCUGAAUGGCUUGAAAUCCCUCCAAAAUCAGAAUCGGGAAUCGAAGUAAUAUACAGGCCACUCAUUGUUGCUGAAUUGCAGUCAAAAUUGUCUGUGAAAUCGGCCCAGCUUGGGGAAUUUAAUUAUGUUUUGCAGCUUAAAGGCAUUCCUAACACAACUCAUAGAAAUCUGCACUUUGCGACUUCGCUUGGCACUGAGCUUGUGCAAGCAUUCAGGUUCCAGCAUUUCUUGAAGAAGCAAGUCCAAUACCAAAUCAAACUAGAAAAAAUAAAUGGCACAGGCCCAGCUGACUUCCUUGUAGAUAAGCCUGUCAUUGAUGCACCUAUUUGUUCGAAUUGGGAUGGUAUAGAGAUUUCGCUACCAGUCAGAUAUGAGCCAAGCACACUUGGAGAAAGUCGAGCAAUGAUGACCGUUGUCCAUCCUGAAGGAGGGGAGUAUACUUGCUUAUUGUUUGGACACUCAUCGUCUCCUAUGCCACAAGGGCCUUUCAAAUGCAUUCCUGCAAAAGGGACUGGUAUUGACUUUAGAAAUCCGUUCUAUGAGCCUAUGGAGUACACAAUCAGAAUUGAUAACCCUGCUUUUACAAUUUCAACGAAAUCUCCUGUGAGAUUGGACUCAAAGAAAUCGAUUUCAAUACAAGUUGUGUAUAAGCCGCAAGAAGGAAAACCACCUACUGGUAGAAUGAUCAUCACUGCAGGCGACUUGCCUCCGUGGAUCUAUUACCUUUCUGGAGAAUAA